GGAUGACAGCGACUUUGUUCACUUUCCAUAUCAUCUACGCCGACUUCUAGACUUGCGGAUUUCUCUUCCGAGGCACCUCUAAAGUGAUUUCAAGGCAACUUCAUUUAUUCUAGACAGAAAUCGGCGUCAGCAGCGACCUACACAACCAAAAUGCUUACCACCUCAUUCCAAUUGACUCAUGUCACACCGAUUCCCGACUACAUGACCCGCGAGGAGGUCCUCUCCCACCUUCACAAUGCGGAAGUUCACAUCAAGAGCGACCCCAAUUUGACACACUGGACGCCCCGCACGCCAAAGGUGCCCCCCACUGUUCCCGACGAUGUCGAUUCCAUAGCGGUUACUGAGUGCUAUACCAUCACGGAUACGGUGCCUACCAACCUCCCAAAGGCCCUGCCCAAGGGCAUGCUAGAGAAGAAGAGUGUUAGCGAAUACGAGUUUACUUUCACCCCGGAUGGAAGUUUCGUCAAGAUUCACUGCCCCAUGAGCGUCCUUUUGGAAACGCGGUGGCGUGUUCGCAAGGGGAGCGACGGAAGUCUGGAGUUAGAAGAGAUUGUGGACGCUCACUGCUCCCGUUUCCUCGUGGGCGUUGUAAAAGGCGAACUAGAGAAGAACUGGGUGGAGGUCCACCGGAAGAUAUUGACAGGAAAAGCAUGAGUAGUAGGAUUACAGAGCUCUCAUCGCGAUAGACGUACGCACCACAUAAUGCAACGACUCUUACCUGG